AUACAUAGGGGGACAUUUCCGCAGGUGCACACCACCGCGACCGAUGCAUUCUGCCCGUCGCGCAGCUUGCACCAAACAACUCGCGGCGCUCGUGCAUUCUGGCAAGCUAAGCAAUCAUUCUCAGCUGGUUCUGGAAGCACGCGGCCAUGCAGCGACAUCGCGGCCAGGGUGCCGUCUCCUCCUACGUGCUGCAACAGGCCCAGCUGCUUCAGCUCCUGGGCAUUCCUCAGCGCUCGCCACCUGGCCCCCAAGCGGGUAGUUGCGGACAGCAACAACAGCAACAACAGCAACACCUGCAACAGCAGCAAUCAGGCCAUCCGCUACUGCAUGUGACAGAGUUGUCGGGCGGCAAGAUCAACUACGUGUGGACUGUGCGGGGGCCGCGAGGGGCCGUGGUGCUCAAGUACGCGGCGCCCUACGUCCGGUCCAUUGGCCCGGAGUUCGAGCUGCCGCAGGCCCGGCUGGAUGUGGAGGCCGCCGCCAUGUCCGCCGCCGCCGCCGCCUGCCGCCGCCACGUGCCCCGCCUGCUGCUUCACGACCCGGCCGCCUGCGUGCUGGUGCAGGAGCUGGUGGGGGCGGAGGUGGGGGAGGCGGUGGGGGAGGCGGGGGCUGUAGCAGGAGCAGCAGGACCUGCAGGGGCAACAGGCGGCGGCGGCGGCGCUGGGCCAUCGAGCAGCAGCAGGCGGAUCAAACUGGUGGACGCCCUGGCGCCCUGGCGCACCCCCGCACCCACCCCCAGCAGCCCCCCACCUGCUACUGCCGCUACUGCCGCUACUGCCGCUGGACAACAGAGCAGCGUUGUCAGCAGCAGCAGCAACGGUAGCAGCGCCACUAGCAGCAGUAGCAACGGCAGCGCUAGCAAUACUAGCAGCAGUAGCAGCAGCAGCAGCAGCAGUAGCAGCAGCACUGGGCGCGUGCCGCUGCCGCACCCCCGCCUGGCUGCUGACCUGGCGCACCUGCUAUCCAGCUACCUGCUGCAGAACUCCAUACACGCCGCCGCCGCCGCAGACGCCGCCACGGUUGCCGACGCAGGCGCUGGGGGCAGGGGCACUAGCAGCAAAGACGGCAGUAGCAGCAGCAGCGGCAGCCCUGGCGGCAGUAGCGGUAGUGGUGGUCGCGGCGGCCGGGGCGGGGCGGUGGGUCGGCACCUGGCGGCGGCGGAGCAGCUGCGGCGGGCGAAUGAGGCCGUGGUGUCCGCCAACGCCGCUGUGGUGAUCUCGGACCCCUGGGACGAGGCCUGCCCGCGCAACUGCGUGCCGCAGCCGGUGGCGGAGCAGGUGGCGGAACUGAGGGCCGACGCGGUCGUGCGCUCCGAGGUGUCGCGGCUGCUGCAGCUCUACCUCGGCAGCCGGGAGGCGCUGAUACACAACGACCUGACGACCGGUAAUCUGUUGGUGCCUGCGCCGCCAGCCGCCAGCAGCAGCCAGAGCGGUGGCAGCAGCAGUAGCAGCCCGCGAGGUGCUACUGCCGCACCGGCUGCUGCUGCUACUGCCGCUGCCACGGCUACAGCCGACACGCACCUGAUCGACUGGGAGUUCGCGACGUACGGUCCCAUGGCGUUCGACCUGGGCUGCCUCAUAGGCAACCUGCUGCUGGCCUACUGCGCCGCAAGAGCUCAGUAUCAUGACUCGGACGGCGGCAGUAGCAGUGGCAGCGGCAGCAGCAGUAGCAGUCGCGGUGCUAGCAGUGGCAAUAGCAGUAGCGAUAGCAGCGGGCUGCAGCUGGCGGCGGCGCUGCUGGAGGUCGUGGUGGGGUUCUGGGAGCGCUUUGACGCGGCCGUGUCACACAGGGGCGGCAGUAGCAGUGGCAGUAGCAGCAGCAGGGGUUACGGAGACGUCGGGACUAGCAGCAGCAGCAGCAACAGCAGUAGUAGCGGCCAGGCUGCACCACCUGUGGUCCUGGGCUGUGAGGAGCUGCAGCAGCUGUGGAGUGACAGCCUGGGCUACGCCGGCUGCGUGGUGGCCCGCCUGACCUUUGGCAUGCACCACUACCCGGCACUGGACGGCGUGGCCCACCCUGACCGCCGCGCCGCCGCACAGCGCCUGGCGCUGCGGCUGGCAGCGGCGCUGCUGCGGCCCCAGCAGCGGGCGGCGCAGGGCUGGCAGCAGCAGCCGCGGGGUGGGGAGGCGGCGGCCGUGGGGUUGGGGGCGCAGGGCGUUGGGGAGUUGGGUGUGGGCGUGGGCGUGAGCGCUGGAGUGCGGCGGCUGGUGGCGGAUGCUGAGGCAUGGGCGGUGGAGGAGCUGAGGGGGCAGGGGCUGUGAGGUGUGACGCCCUUGUGUGACAGGUCGGUGUAAGCAAGCAGUUGAGCGCGUGUGCGUCCCGGGCACGUGUUGCUCAAUGUGUGUGUGUGUGUGUGUGUGUGUGUGUGUGUGUGUGUGUGUGUGUGUGUGUGUGUGUGUGUGUCGCCUUGUUCCGAGGCGAAAGCGGAUCAUGAACGCGACGGUCCAGUGAAUUCCAGUGUUCCAGUCACUGCCCGUCGAGCCGGGGCUGGCAUUCGUGCACCGCGAGUGCAAGCCCAAAAGGGACAGGGUGGCAUGUUCCCGAGAAGAGACUUGUGCGGCGUGUUCCCACUUGUUGCACAGCGAAACUGUCCCGAAAGCACACUGGGACCGACCUGACGACUUACGAGUCCCCUCGGCUGGAGCUCUAGCUAGGAAGGGGUUCCUUGAAGAGCGUGGCGGAAAGAAGGGGGCCGGGGUCGCGGGGAGACAAGGCGGGGGCGGCAAGGGCUUCUCCACUGGAU